CACAAUAAAAUAGCAGCUACUUCUUUUUAAAUUACAGUGCCCACAACACCUUCUCCUCCAAUCAUAAUCCACCACCUUCUCUCUCUAGAUUUAUUUUCUUGGAGAAGUUUGCUUUUCCCUUCUCAAUUUCAUCAUCUCUUUUCUAUUUUCCAACACAUAAUCCAUAAAUCUUUCUCAUUUUAGAGACAGAUUUAACUGAAUUCUGUUUAUUUUCCUUACCUUUUCAAGCUUUUAAGCAAAUCUUCUUUGCCUACAUACCAUAUAACCCUCUUUCCCCUGUUCUAGUUUUAGAUAUUAUGAAAGGGUUCCCCUGUUCUUGAUCAAAGUUGUAGAAACAUUCACCAAUUUGAUUUUGAAAAAGUGGGUCUUUUAAAGAUUCUUAAGGUGAUUAAAGGGUUAAAGUGAAAAACCGGUUCUUGAUUGAUUUAACCCUCUUAAUUGUGCUAUAAAACAUUAGCUCCCCUGUUUUUCAAUCUGUAGAAGAGUUGAGUUCAAUUUGAAGAAAAUUGAGCUUGAAUGAAGUGGGAAACCGAUAUCGUAUCGAACUCGACAAGUUUGAUGAUGGAUGAGAGCUUAAAGAGCACAAUUUGGAAUCCGGUUGAGAAUAAAUUGUUCGAAAAUGCUCUGGCGAAGUUCGAUAACGACACGCCUGAUCGAUGGCAGCGGGUGGCGGAGAUGGUUCCUGGGAAGACGGUAGCGGAUGUGAUCCGGCAGUAUAAGGAGUUGGAAGAUGAUGUUAGUAGUAUUGAAGCAGGGUUUUAUCCGAAAUAUAGGUAUAAUAAUAAUAAUAAUAAUAAUAAUAACAUUAGUAUUAACAUUAACAACACUUGUCCUUUUAGUUUAGAGUGGGUGAACAGUCAUGGGUUUGAUCAGAGCAAAUCUCCGACUUGUGCUAGCGGAGGGAUGAGGUCUCCGCUGGCUGGGGCGGCUGGGGUGACCUCCAGCCGCCCUCUUGAACAAGAACGGAAAAAAGGAGUUCCUUGGACCGAAGAAGAGCAUAAAUUGUUUCUUUUGGGGCUAAAAAAAUAUGGAAAAGGCGAUUGGCGAAACAUAUCGCGAAAUUAUGUCGUGACAAGAACACCGACACAGGUUGCAAGCCACGCUCAAAAGUAUUUCAUCCGACAGCUUUCGGGUGGGAAAGAUAAACGGAGAGCGAGCAUUCAUGAUAUAACAACGGUUAAUGUCAACGAAAGUCAACUUUCUUCACCAAAGAACCGAAGAACAUCUCCUGAGCAAUGUAAAUUUCAGUGGAAUCAGCCUAGUAGUGCAUCUACAGGAUUCCAGCAAACAAAUGGUAACAACUUCACUUCUUCCCAGUACAUAGGUAAUGUGGGGUUUAGAACGGGUGGUAGCGGCGGCAGUGGUGGUUUAAACGAAUUUUACGCUGUACCGGACAGCAUGGUUUUUCGGAUGCAACCCGCGAUGCAUUACCCUUAUGGAUGAUCAAAUGUUUAACGUAUGUAGUGAUUUUGCAAAUGGUUGAUUUCUUUUGGUUUGAUUUGAGUAGUUUUCUUGUAUGUUUUUUUUCAUGUGUUUUUGGUAUAUCUCUUAUGGUGUUAUCUAUCUAUGAUGUGAAUAUUAGAGUUGUUUAGCACCUUAUGAUUAUGAUGCUCCAUCUACUUUGCUCUAUAACAA